AUGUGUCAACAGGUGUAUUUCCCAACCGACGAGUGUACGUUGAGCGCCUUCAUCAUUGUCAACUCAGGCCUCUGCAACCUCUUGCGGGACUUCGACGAUGACACCAUCAAAGAUAUGGGCGUAGGGACCCCGACCGUCGCCAGCAGUAUCUCCAUUUGUGCAACCAACGUUAUGAGGGCUGUGUUGGAUCUGAGAUUGACACUCGACGCAACCUUUGAGAAUAUUACGGCCUUGCGUCGACACGGAUGGACUGGUCAAGAAGCAGGCUACCAUCGACUGCCGGCCGCUUCGACAAGUGAGGAAGUCCGCAACAAGUGCUUGGUCUUCUGCCCGACCUUGCCGGACCACGACAUCACCACGACUCGACCUCUUUGUCCAGGAGAUAUUGAUAUCACUUGGGGGCAUGGAUUCUUAUCAUGGCUGGAUUCUGUCCGUCUUCAACACGAGAUCUACCAACAUUUGUAUUCUGGCCAAGCCCAGACUCAAUCUCCCGAAACCAAAACCCAGCAUGCACAGAUGUUCGUUGAAAGACUAUUGGCUAUGAGACAGGACUUUGUGGCGGGCAAGGCUGGGGAUGGAUCAGAGUCAACUAGGGCAGAUGUUACGGCGGCUGAAGAGUCCUUCCAGCUUAUGUUCUAUUCUUUGCUGACGUUGGUAUAUCGCGUAAUGCCCGUCACGGAACAAGGCCAUCCACUUCUGUUUUGCGACGACUGCACGUCCGCGGCGAGGGCUGCCCUAAACAUUCAGAGAAGGGCGUGGGAGAAAAUAGGAGCUGUUAAUGAUGAAAACUGGAAGUUGUUCCUUCACUGGUCAGUGCCCCUUCUGCUCGAGAGUCGUUUAAUUCCACGUACUGAGGUGGCCAGGACUCUCAUCUGCUCCCCCUUUGUGCCAUUUAUCGUCGUUUUCAGCAACGCCAUAGCGACCGGGGACGAAGCAGACCUGCAACUGCUGGAUCAAGUAGUGUCAUCCCUUCAGUGUGCGGCCCAACAGUCGCCGAGUAUUGCAAAACUGCACCAUGUUUGUAACGCCUACCAUCGAGUCGGCAGGCUCUAUUUCGACGGCGGACAUCAGAAAAGGAAAAUUCUAGAGUCCGGGGAAACCUACAACGACAGCGUUCAAGGCAGUAGCAAUGAUCUCACCGGUACACCAUCUACCUUGGAUAGCAACGGUGUACUUCCCAUCAUCGCUUGGGACGGCCUGUUUGAUGAAUGGAACCCUCGGCUUGGAGAGGAAAAUGCGCUGGAGGUGAACUCCUUUCUGGGUAACUACUUUUCGGGAAACCUUGAAUUUUAA